GCUCACCGGUAGAAACGAGACCGACCAGCGGGUGGAGAUGGCAUCGCAAUUCGGUUUCAGUGUGAAGCCAUACACCCAGCCAGUGCAGCCAGUACCGUGGUACAACGGGAAGCAAUACCUCAUGCCGAGUGCAAAGGCAAUGGAGGCGUACUCCCAGCGGGUGCGUGUAGCAAGAAUGGCUGCAGUCAAACCGAAUAGGUUUAGUGUCGAGGACGAAGAGAAGGCUUCCCUUGGCAGCGUGCUUUCCUUCUUGGCCAGCAAGGCCUCGGAUAAUCUAGCUGCAAAGAGGGCUCACAUUUCCCGCAAGUGCUGCGAGGCCUUGGACAAGCUGAUUCCGUUUUCAGACCCCGAGUCAGAGUCACACAGUGUGACAUCGAUGGGGGCGCUGAUUUGCAGAAUGCUUGCCGACCCGCAGAGAGUGGGAGCUGUACUCCUUGACAAAGACGACUGCGCAUCGGCAACUGAUCAUGACGACGGAGUUUGCCGCAAAGCAGCGCUGGCCCUGAUCCAGAACAUCUUUGUCACCAGCUGGGGCAGAUGGUCCAACAACAGGGUGUCAUGCGUGCUGCUAGCGUUCAUGUCCUCAGUUCGCGCGUGCGACCUGUUGACGUGGAUGAUGCAUGAGGGUUGGUUUGUUCUCACUGAUGUGGAGUGUGCUGCAGCGAUGAAGAAUUUCGACGCUUUGGCCAAAUCAACAAGAACCACUCCCAUCGAGCAGGACAGGCUCCUGCGGGCAUCAGAGUAUGCGCAGGUCGGGUAUCUGCGCAGCCUGGCGUCCAAGGGGCCGUUUCCUUUAGACAUGGCAGCAGAGCGAGCUGGGCGCCUCACCAUCAAUGAGGCACCAAUUGCUUAUGACUCUGUCAGCCGUCGGUUCACCACCGAGCAAGCUUGGCGGGGUCAGAUGGCCACGGCUAACGAGAUCCUCUCCCGCGCAUCCAACAUCCAGGCGAAUGUCUACGACAUCGCUUUGGACCACUGGCGCUUCGCACAGAGGUGGCUUGCUUCUGGCUCAGCGGGCGCAGGGUUCAAGCUGCCGAGAACGGGCGCACUGACUGUCCCCGACGUGUCCUCACGCGUGGCUGGCCUGUGGGUCGCACUGGCAGAAGCGCGUGCCGCAGAUCCUUGGGCUGUUAUCGGCGGCGGGGCACCAGAGGAGAAGGCGAGAGCCAAGGCCAUCAAGGCGCGCAUGCGCGCCUUCACCGACCGUAAGUCCACCGUCGGCAAGAGGGGUGCGAUGGACGUGCUGUUGUUGGAAACCGUUGCCACUGUGCUGGCGGGUGUCCUUUCUUCAGUGUCUUCCGCGUCCACGAAGUUCGAGGAUCGCAAGACCCGGCUGCUUUUCGCGGCGGGCAUAUUUGCGUGCGUCAUCUACAGUUACGUUCCGGUGCGGAUCGCGCGGUGGGCCGAGGCGUUCGAGUGGAUCACGUGGCUGUGGGAUUUCAGUGAUUUCAACGCCCGCCACGGCAACGUAACGCUUGUGUUAGACGAUCUGGCUCUGGCGCGCUACUGCGACAAGGGAACCUUCAACUCGAGCCAGAUCAAGGAGGACGUGCUCACGGGAACAGAGUGGGUGGCAUACUUUUUCAACAAUACCAGCACCAGCUGGAAUGAUGAUGAGGCAAGGGGUGAGACCGCUGACUCUCACGGCUAUAGUGACUCGGGCCUCAGCUCAGGCGUGAAGGGCACCGCGUUCAAGAACGGCACCGAGAACUUGCAGUGCAACUCGUCCAUGCGGGCGAGCUACCUGCGGUUGCAUGGCAUAGACCCGGUUGAGUACGAAAGAGACAAGGGCGACCACGUCUUCCAGGCAGGCACGGCCUUCUGGGAGGACGUCGCGCGCUUCGACGACCUCUGCCGCUUCUGCGGGCGCGAGGGGGCUGACCUCGAAGUGCUCCAAGGGCUGGGCUGGGCAGAAUACCUGCGGGCUCUGUGCGAUGAAGAGGGUGAAGUGUCGGGGUGUGUGCUGCGGUCCAUCGCUGUCAUGGUGGUGGGCAGCUGGCAGAACAGUCCCGCGCGGGACGGGCCCCAGAUGGUGGCCGCACGCGCAGGUCUGGUCGACCUGUGUAUCAGGCGUCACGCAUCAGUUGCCUUCGCCCACAUAGCACAAGAGACGUGGUCCAGAUAUUGGGGUCGGGUCUCGGUGAGGACGAGCGACCAACCGCCCGAGCUGCGAGCGCUCGCCGGGCAACGUAUGCCCGGGAAGCGCGCUGAGGCAGUUUCGGGUGGGAUCCCCAGGUCAAAGAGACAGUUUUCCGGGUUGGCACCCGCGUGGAUCGCGGCCGGCCGGCUGCUGAAUGGAGCGGACGUCGCGCGAGUUGAUGACAGGUCCCCGAAGUGGUCAAGGUGCUGUGCCCAUGCGAGCGACGUGGGCGUGGACGGCUACCGCGCGAACUGUCCGUGCGGGGGUGCGCGCUACGGUGUGGCCCCCUUCCUUCGCAGAGCCCCAGAGCGGCCAGCUCGUGCGGCUGCCAAUCCUAGGGUACUGGGCUCUAUACCACACGAGGCCUCGACGGCACGCGUUAAACAGGUUUGCAGGGUGCGCCCCGCUUUCGCAGGCGCCUCAGCGCGUCAGCGGGGGCAGGUGCAGCGCGCCGCCCAGAGUGGCAACUACGGCGCCAGCCUGCCCGCGGCCGAGGCGGCUUGCAUCAGCAGGCUGAAUGACAUCCCAGAUGCAGCGUGGGCUGUGCUCACACAGUCCUGGGCUGAGGAGUGCGAGGCCAUGGUGCACUCGCGCCCCGCGUGGCGUGCUUGCACGCCUAACGCUUGGACCGGCAUCGCGCAGAGAGUCGAGGCUGCCCGCCGGAAGGCGGUGGCAAAGGCGCUCAAGAUACAUGGUUUGGUGAGCUGCGCUGCAGAUGUGUCCUCGGAGGCCAACCAGUGGGUGGUCGAGGCGCUGGCGCCGAGCUCAGACGCCAGCUGUGCUACCAAGUGCAAGGCAUUGAAGACGCUUUCUCAGCUGGGGCGGAAAGAUGCAGUCAUGGUGGCCGUGCGCCAGCGCGACCGCUGCCCAUGGAACCCUCCGCCCACGGCUGAGGGGCGGGCUAGCGGGAGCUGGCUCAGCUCUCGGCUGCGCACUGUACUGGAGGGCCUCAUCGCGGACUCCAAGCUAGACGCCUUCUGCCGGAUCUCCGGGUUCAUGACCCACGGGGCAGCCUCCGACUGGUGUUGGGGCGCCCUGCUGCUGUCGAGGAAGUUAUAUGCCCCGCUCGGCAACUUGCCAGCUGUGGCGCUCUCUGCCAGCACCUUGCGCGCCAUCGAGGAAGCAAUCCCGGAACUGCCGGGGCCCGACCUCGACUUGCUCUUCUUAGGCAGGCACCAGCGCGAGCAGGCGUCCAGGGGGCCCAGUCUACGGCGGUGUUGGUACCGUCCGUGGUAA